AUGGCACAUAACAGUCUUCGUUCUUCGACUUCCUCCUUUGGGCGGAAAAGAACAAACUCUGAUGAUUCUAGAAAAGAGGUCUUUGAAGCUGCAAAGUCUGGAAAUUCUGUUCUCCUUAAUGAGGUUCUUAAUAACCUGGAUAGUACAGAGAGGAUAUCUGUAUUAGGUGCUGAUUUUCAGUAUAUUGGUGAUGGAUGGUCUUGGCAAGUCAGCGAAAAGUCAGCGGACUGGGUCACGCCAUUAAUAGUUUCUGUGCGAAAUGGAAAUCUUGAUUGUGUGAAAGUGCUCUUGAAGUAUGGAGCAGACAUUGAAGAGCGAGGAGAUUUUAUGCGUCACUACAAGUCCUGCACUCCUUUGCUCGUUGCUGCUACUUGUGGAAAUGUUGAAAUGUUGAGGUUCUUGGUUGAAAAUGGAGCUAACGUAAAUGGAACUGACGAUUUUGGCCUCACCCCACUAAUGGCUGCUGUUGCCAAUCAAUUCCUUGAUGCAGUGACCUUUCUUAUUGAUCAAGGUGCUGAUGUGAAUUUACAAGACGGCAGUGGCUUAACAGCACUUCACUAUGCCACUGAAGUUAGUAUUGAUCCCUCAAGUUGUUUAAUUGUUAAACAGCUUAUUAAUCGUGGAGCUAACAUAAACGCUGUUACAAAGUAUGACAUGCUCACCCCUUUGAUGCUAGCUUGUAAGAAUAAAAAUGUCAGUGUAGUAAACUGUCUCCUUCAAAAUGGAGCUAAUGUGGCUCUUACAGACGACAAUGGAUGGACAGCCCUUCACUUUGUUGUGGAUGAGUUCAAUGACUCUUCCGAGAUUUUGAGGUCUCUUCUUAAUUAUGGAGCUGAUGUAAAUGCAAGAAGUAUUGACAAUGAAACCCCUCUAAUGGUAGCUAGCCGGUCUAGGGAUGUGGAAACAGUGACUUUGCUUAUUGAACAAGGUGCUUAUGUAGAUCUUCAAGAUCAAAAGGACAAUACAGCUCUUCAUAAUGCUGUAAGCAGGAAAUCUGAAGAAAUUGUUGGCACACUUUUGAAUGCUGGAGCAUCCAACUUGUGUAACAGUCAAAGAAUGACAUCUCUCUUGCUAGCUUGUAGUAAGGGCUAUGUGGCAAUGGUAGAGAAUCUAAUCAAGCAACCAGAGAUAACAAAAGAGCAAAGAAUAAAUGCAUUAGAACUUCUUGGAGCAUCUGUUUUAAUUGAGGAGUGUAUGCUUGAAAAUGCCGAUCUUCAUGAUUGGAAAGGAUUCAAGUACAUCAAACAUGGCAUGAUGGAAAGGUUUGCUGAUCCUUCCCAUCCUUUGUUUAAACAAGAAAUGGAACCUGUUGAAGCUUAUCAGAACAGAAGAGAGUGUCAAACUCUGGAAGAGCUUGCUGAGAUUGAAGGUGAUAGGGAUGCUGUCAUCAUGGAAAGCCUUAUUAUUCAAGAGAGAAUCAUGGGAAGAAAUUAUGAAGACCUAAUUGCAGUUAUUAGAAACAUUGCACAUUAUUAUGAAGACCAUGAUCUUUCUUCCUGUAUAAAGUUGUUCAGGCAUGCUAUGAAAAUGGCCCCAAAAUGCGAUCUAUCAGCUGUGCAUGACUUAAGCAUCAUAACCAGUGCAUUGUUCAAUAGGUUUGAAAAUGGUGAUCUUUCAAAAAAAGAGGAUUUUCUUGAUGCUCUUGACCAAACAAUUCUUGAUUAUGAUUGUGAAAUGCAAAGAAAGAUGACAAAUGAACAGGAUUCAGGGUAUCAUGUGUUGUAUCUCUUUGAUUCCUUACAGGAACUGGUUUUCAUGAUAAGCAAAUUUGAAUGUGCUGAUGAAGGAAGACUCUCAAGUUCAGCACUGUUAUUGAAAACUAUUUCCAACUUGAAUCUUCGAGAUGGUGACAGUAAUACGAUCUUACACCAGUUUGCCUUACAUCAUGGCAGAUGUUCUUCAUAUUCCUACGCUGGCGCAGUGAAACUUCUUCUGAAUGCAGGAUUCAAUGUCAAUGCUAUCAAUGGUAAUGGAGAUACUGCACUUCACAUAGUUGCCACUUUAAAACCCGGCGAUGAUGAAAUCCAUCUUUUAACUGACAUGUUGCAGGUUUUGUUUGAUGGAGGUGCACAUCAUGAUUUUGUUAACAAUGAUGGUAAAACACCCAUGGACGUGGCUGGAACUGAUGAAGCUCGCAUGAUUCUUUCAGAGAGAAGAAAACUGGACUUAAAGUGUAUCAGUGCCAGAGCUGUGAAAAGGUUUGGAAUUCCUUAUUUGGGGUUGGUACCCAAAAUACUGGAAAAAUACAUCGGCAUGCAUUAAAAUGCAUGUUUUAAUUAGCUUAACUUGAAUUUGUGCAAUCUGAUUGAAUAGACCUUUUUCAUGAUACCUGCCAUCUUUGCACAUACUCAUUUUAACCCUUUUAGACCCUAAGAUCAAAAUUUGAAUUCUCAUUUGUUGCCCCUAUUCGAUUCCUACAGAAGUAAGUGGGGAGAAGUUGCUAAAAUAUCAAGCAAAUUCAUCUUGUGUGAUCAUGUCCGUAAUUCUCAUGACCACCCUGUUUUACAUUAGCAUUGAUAUUAAAAGAAGAAAUUUGAUGCUGAUCUCUUCUAGGGCUUAAAGGAUUAAGGACUGAUGAGGCAAAGUUCAAACUAGUGAAAAAAUUUGCCAACUCAAGAAAUUGCAGUCUAGUUUGUUUAUUCUAGACAACAGGUAAUAAAGAUUUUUUCAUCUUAAAGAUGAUAAUGGCAAAAUGAUGGGUGGAGGUGAUCAAUGUAGAUGUUCACACGGCAAACAAUGACGCAAAUAUUGUUGAAACCAUACAACAUUUUGCAUGACUUAAUCAGAAAUCAUUUUCUUGUUGUGACAGAAUAAACAAACUAACUGUGACUACUCAUAUUGGUAAAUUUUAUCACUUGCUUUCUCCCUGAAAUACCACGUGACAUUGUUUUUAUCCCAUUGAUCCUAAAGCAUGUGCAGAGAUGAAGGGAGACUGUGAAUAAGGUCUAUGGGCAAGGUUAAGGUUAAAUUGCUUAACACAUCUUUUGUGUGUGAUGUUGAUUUGACUGCAGACCUGCCAGUCUGUCAUCAGAUAAUUUUUUACCAGUAGCUAUAAUCCUGCCUACAGAGAGGGCACAUUCCUUUGGGAUGAUCUGGAUCAGGAUCAGUGAUCCAAGAUCACACAGAUCAGUAGUGAUCAGUAGUGUCUGA